AGAGGAAGUGUGUGGUGUAGCGCGGAACGUGGAACCAAAUUAAAAGCAGCAGGUUUUUUUUUUAGUUGACAUACUAAUUAUAAGUAUUUUAUAUGAAAUAUGCUCAAAGCUCAAUAAUGUAUGACUAAAUUGACUAAAGGGCUGUACUCUCUAACGUCAGCUAACAACAGCCUGUAACUUAACGUGAACGUUAAGAAGAUAGCUUGCUACCUAAGUUAAUAUUACAGAUAUGGAGGAGUCCACAGCUGAUUUCAUACCACACUCGGAUAAAUGUUAUAUCUGCCUGAGUCCCUUUGACAAGCGAGCAGUGGCCUCUCUGGAGAGCUGUCAGCAUGUGUUUUGCCUUGAAUGUAUUCUCCAAUGGUCCCAGACGGCCAACACUUGCCCAGUGGAUCGGAUCAGUUUUGCUUUCAUCCACCAGAGACGAUCUCCUGGAGGGGACAUUGAAAAGAAGAUCCAAGUGAGGACGCAGACAAAGACAACUGAUGAUGGCGAUGAAGAGGAGGAGAGCAGCGCGUUUAUCUGCGAGGAAUGUGGACGCAGCGACCGCAGACACCGACUGCUAGUGUGCACACAGUGUGAUUCAGGGUAUCACAUGGACUGCUUGACACCGUCAUUAAACAUCGGCCCCGGAGGAGACUGGAUCUGUCCUGAGUGUGCGGUCGUUCCUCAGCAUACAGACGGCUCCAUCGUGGAGGAGGAGGAGGAGGAUGAGGAGAUCAGUGAUGGAGAACUAACGGACCUCCUGGCUGAAGCACAUGAAGCUGCAUCUACCAGCAGUCGCCUUCGGCCCUCCACCAUUAAUCGCCCCGGCAGCUCGACCGAACGACGACACAGCCAGAGGAUCCAGAGCAGAGCCAGCAGCGAUCCUGAUCCUCGCCCCCAGACCUCCUGGCAUGUACCUAAAUAUCUGUUACGGGCAUCGAAGCCUGCAGUCACAACCGAUGAAGCAGCUGCUCCUCAUCACAGUGACACCAGGAAGGCUUCAGUCAAGUUAAAGACAAGAAAAAGAAAGAAGCGUGCAACUUGAGCUCCUGACACCUAGAAGACUGUAUCGUCUUCAAUAUCUCAGCAGAUUAAGGUGCUCCUGUCAGAGAUGACCACAUGGUGGCAGCAUUGUGUUAGGAGACAAGUUCCUGCCAUAAACAUCAUGUGAAAGAACAGAGCAGAGCCUUUCUGCUGGAUGUUUCCUUUUUACAGUGAAUGUUGUUCAGUAUCCUGUAUAAAAACUGUUGAAUGUU